AGUAAAAGACCCGUGUUGGUUCUUCAGAAUGACUCUCUCUACUCUCAGAGACGUCCUUACACCAGUGAAGAUGAGGCCUGGAAAACCUUUCUUGAAAAUCCCCUUACGGCAGCUACCAAAGCUAUGAUGAGCAUCAAUGGCGAUGAAGACAGCGCAGCUGCCCUCGGACUGCUGUACGAUUACUACAAGGUUCCAAGGGAGAGGAGAUCUUCCACAGCUAAACCAGAGGUAGAACAUCCUGACCAAGACCAUAGCAAAAGGAACAACAUCCCAAAUGUGACAGAACAGUCGCUCAUUUCUGCUGGAGAAAACAGAGUCCAGGUUCUGAAAAAUGUGCCUUUCAAUAUUGUCCUUCCACACACGCCCCAGAUGGGCAUGGACAAGAGAGGCCACCUUACAACCCCUGACACGACGGUCACUGUUUCGAUUGCCACGAUGCCCACCCAUUCCAUCAAAACGGAGACACAGCCCCAUGGCUUUGCAGUGGGCAUCCCACCGAGCGUCUACCACCCCGAGCCCCCCGAGCGGGUGGUGGUCUUCGACAGGAACCUCAAUCCUGACCAGUUUAGUUCUAACACCCAGCCUCAAAACUCCCAGAGGCGAACGCCAGACUCCACCUUCUCAGAGACUUUCAAGGAGGGCGUGCAAGAGGUUUUCUUUCCUACUGAACUCAAUCUCCGGAUGGCCAACAUGAAUUCAGAAGAUUAUGUUUUUGACAGCAUUUCUGGGAAUAACUUUGAAUACACUCUGGAAGCCUCCAAGUCCCUACGACAGAAGCCUGGAGACAGCACAAUGACAUACCUGAAUAAAGGUCAAUUUUACCCAAUCACGCUGAAAGAAGUCAGCAGCAGUGAAGGAAUCCAUCACCCCAUCAGUAAAGUCCGAAGUGUCAUCAUGGUUGUGUUUGCUGAAGACAAAACAAGAGAAGAUCAGCUCAGGCACUGGAAAUACUGGCACUCAAGACAGCAUACUGCUAAACAAAGAUGUAUUGAUAUAGCUGACUACAAGGAGAGCUUCAACACCAUCAGUAACAUUGAGGAGAUCGCGUACAAUGCUAUAUCCUUCACUUGGGACAUCAACGAGGAAGCAAAGGUUUUCAUUUCUGUGAACUGCCUCAGCACAGAUUUCUCCUCUCAGAAGGGAGUUAAAGGCUUGCCACUGAAUCUUCAGAUUGACACCUACAGCUACAAUAACAGGAGUAACAAACCUGUCCACAGGGCCUACUGCCAGAUUAAAGUCUUCUGCGACAAG